ACCUUUAAUACACGUAUAAAAUAAUAAUCACCGAAUUAGCGGAGAAUGCUCAAACUGGGACCAACUACAUAAUUGAGAGUAUGCAUGAUGAGAAUUGUGUUUUUGGAUGUAUUACAACCUGCAACAACUUGGUUCUUCAUGACUAAAGCGUUUCUUUCCACAUCUCUUCCAAGUGCCAAUCCAUUUGCACAUGUGACUUGUUAUGCGCUCACCAGACUGCCGGAUUGUACUGUUUAGUUGCUAGCUUGUUUUGCUAGUUGAUGAUUCAAGUUAUGAAAUAAAUGCUCAAUUUUUGCAGAGGAGGAGAUGCAUACACGUACGUAACGUACGUAAGGUGGUGGUGGGUAUUUGUUAGUGGUUGGUCUGGCGUUAUUGGCUACCAUGCCAUGUCAUGAGCGAAUAAUGCGAUGUGCCAUGUCUUCUCGCCACUACUCCUGUCUGGUGUGCGAAAGUAGUCGCAGCGUUGUUGUUGCUUUAGAACGGGCGAUUCUUUACACAAGCUCUGCUGUUGCGGUGCACCAACCAACCAACCAACCAAGCAUAAGAUAGAUGAUGAUGAACUAAGUGGGAGCGAGGAGUUUUUUGUACUUUUGAAGGCUAAGGUCACCCUGACUCUGGUGGCUCGCUUGCAGAAUUUGCACUCUAAGUGAAUAAGUCGAAAGAAGAGAGGGAUUUAAUAGUGGGAGAUGGCGCUUGGGAUUUAACAGCAUGGCAAAAAGUUAUCAUUUCCAACCACACAGACACCGUCGUCCCUACAAAAUCUUAUGGACUGCGCUUCAACCGUAUUCAUACAGAUAACACAUGAGACGGGAGAGAGUGAGAGAUGAUGUUGCAUUAAUGAGAUUCCCAGUAUGCUGCUGAUUUCGCACAAGUGUUAUAACUUGUGAAUUGUCAAGUGUGGAACUUGAGGGAAUUCGAGUGCUACUGCAAAAUGGGUGAAAUCUCAUGCCUAGAACAACCUAAAACUGAUGAGAAAUAUUGUAAAAGUUGAAAAUUUAUAUCAUCCUUCCCCAAAAGUUGAUUGAAAAAAAAUCCUACGUUUUCAUGAAAGAUUUGGUUAAGCAGAUUGCAAGAUUUAGCAACCUGGUCUCAAAUAUAGCAAAAACGAAACAUUGCUCUCAUUCAUCCCGGUCGUUUCCCCAGCACAAUCCAACACUCUUUCCCCAAGUUUAUUAAACCCUGUCUUACUACAUCUUUUUGCAUCCUUACUUACCUAUUCCAACACAAGUUCGACACCAGCACAAUCUUGUAUACUCGCAUACAUAGUAGCGUUUCUGGCAUUUAUUUGACAGUGUAGAAAGUUGAUGGUAAAUGGGACUGACCACAUAUUCAUACACAUGCAAUUGUGUAUCUGACUUUUAGUCUGAGCUAUUUGUACACACAAACUGUUUAGACUUGUUAGUACUAGGAUUUCUUAAUAGUAGGAAAAUUAUUAGAAGGAAGAACAAAAGAGAGCAUUCGUGUAAUUGGCAGUUGUACACGAGCACACACGAAAUCGUUAAUCAAUUCAUCUUGGCGAGAACGAAAGACCAAUGCACUCCGCCCGCCUCCUCUUCUGAAUGGAUAAUUUUUUAUGUAUGUAUCCAGAUUGCGUGGAAAUGCACAUUUAAUUGCAAGGAAUGACCGAAAGGUGCAAUAUGCUACCCCCCAGUUAAGACCUUUGUCCUUUCUUGUUCAGGUGGAUAUUUUGAGAAUAUCGUGAAUACAUGUGUAUCUCGGCGGCCAUGAAAUUACAUGAAAUGUAGCAGAAUGAAAAUGUCGUUUAGUAAAUUCUCAACCUUUUGCUUCUAUGAGUAAUCAAGGGAAAUGGUAAACGGCUACUUAUGGAUAACCAGCUUAAAAUAGUUUGCAAAUAUUUGUAGCUUAUUGGUAUCGAAUGUGCAAUGCCAGUUCACCAUUAAUUACACCAAUUAAAAUUGCAGGUGACUUAUAUUAUCUGAGAAAUAUCAAAAAUAGGUUGAAACAUGCAAGUCCAAGUUUGCCAAUAUUGGUAAACUUUCUCCCAGCAGUAAUUAAGCAGUUCUUUCGGAGGAGUUUAUUGAUUGACCAGCAACAAUCAGAACGGGCAAUGAAAAGGCCACUGCUUGAGACCAUAAAAUGUCAGCCCUCUGUUCAUAAUGGUACUAAUAAAACAGCGGUGCUUCAGUCCGUGGGCAUUCAAACUCUGCACCACGUUAUGAGUAAAGGUAAUUUUAUUGUCCUAGAAACGGCUAAAACCGUGAAAGGACAAUCAUUGCAAAACUAAAGUCGCCUUGAGUUGCGACACGGCGACGAGACAGGUAGGACUGACUCUGGCAGGAGAAAGUUGCAGCACACUUUCCCUCGCUCUUGCUUCUGAAUUAUUUCAAUAUUAUUUGACACUUUAUCAUUCUAUACAUGUUGCGACAAAUGAAUUGUUUCCAACACAAAUUUUCAUUUUUGAAGAAAUUAAAUUUUAAUUAUUAUGUACUGACAAAAUGGUGUGAGUGGACCGUUGCUAAGUUGGAGGAUUGAGAUGACCCCCUAGGUCAAAUCUGGACCAAGUGAUCUCACACCCUCCAGUGAGGUGUCAAUCGAUCGGUCUAGAUAAUACGAUCAGUUUGGUAUAUUAUAAAAUUUUGUGAGAUAAGAAUUGGCUUCGAAAUUCCUGAAAAACUUAUAUUUUGGAGAUAUUCUUCAAAAUAAACAUUUUAAUUUUCGAAAUAGUACACUCGAGAUUUUUAGCUUAAAAAAUCAAGCUAAAAAUUAGGAUGAUUUCAUCCUCAGGAAUUAAGUCUCUUUGUCUGCCUAUUCAAAAGUUAUUCAAGGUUAAAGUCGUUGGGGCAAACCAAAGGACUUUUGCCCCAACGAUUUAAAAAAUGAAAAUUUUCUAAAAAAUAAUCCAUUUGUCGCAACCGUAUGGGGCACCACCCCAUAGAAACGAUGUCAGUUAAUCGUGGAAUUAUUUGUCGCGAAUAUAUUUUGUUUAUUUUUUUUACCAAAGUCCACCACAGUUUUUUUUCACUGAGGUUUGCACCCUAGCGUCCAAAUUAGGAAAAAAAUUAAAAAUCUCGUCAAGUUGUUUUGUCUUUUUGUGGGACCGAGCUAGAAAGAAAAUUCAAAAUGCCACGUCCUGUAAUGUUUGACUGCGUUUCUGCUGCUCAAGGGAAAGAAACAAUGGAAAAGGAGCUUAACGCGAAGGAAGCUUGGAUCAGGAUGAACAGGAACGGAAUUUGGCAACAAGCUCUCGGACCAAUUCAGGGAAGAAUUCAAGCCAUUUGUGAGGACAAGAAUGAACUCCUUCGCAAGCUUAUGGAUUCUAAAGACGAGUAUUUUCGCUUCUGCAAGGCCACGCCUCCACCCAAGGUGGAAAACGACACGUUCAUUGUCCAUGUUGGUCCUGACCCUUGUGACGAGUGUCAAAGAGAUCCCACAAUUCCGAUGAAGACGCCUCCGGAACACAUUACAGCGUUGAUUUAUCAAGGUUUGGCCAAGGAGGGAGAAGGCUACCGACGUUAUCUUACAACUCGUUACGACUCAGGACUCCCAGAAACAAAGUUUUGCUAUCCGCCCACAACCAAUUCUGAAUACGCCUGGAAGCUGAUGGAAAGUGUUCACAACCGGAAGAGUGCCACUCUCCCACGACUUUCCACCAUCGGACCUGCUUUCUAUCGAUCUCGAGGUGUCAUGUGUAAAGCAGAUUAUGCACCCUACCAUUUCCCCCGGAAUUAUUAUUGACUUGUGCGGAUAUCUUUAAUCCUGUCCUUGUAAUUAAAAUUAUAUCCUUGCUUACGUGGGAGAUAAAGUCUAAAUUAUUGUCGUCUCA